AUGACCGUCUUCACCUCUAGCCAGGAAUGGCUACGCCAAUCCUCCCUCCUCCUCGAAGCCCGCCCCUCAACAACCCGCAUCACAACCCGCUACACCACCAAGCCCGCCGCGACCUUCUCCUCCCGCAAACCCAGAAGCCAGCCCGCCGACGCGGCGGCGGCAGCAGCAGACACCACCAGCACCACCAGCAGCAGCAGGCCGCCGCGCGCGCGCCUCGUGCUCAAGACGUACGACCCCGUCAGCGGCGCCUGCCUCAAGUACAAGACGACCAAGGCGGCCGAGGUGUCGCGCCUGGUCCAGCUGCUCGGCGGCCUGGGCCGGCGCAUGGCGGCGCUGCCGCCGCGGGACGAUGGUGCAGCAGAGGAUGGCGCCGACACGCCGUCGGGAGGGGCGGCCGGGACGGCGACGCCCACCACGACGCAGGGCCAGGCCCCGGCCGCGGCACCGGCGCAGCAGCAGCAGCAGCAGCAGCAAGGCGGGGGUGGCGGCGGCGGCAAGGGCAAGAAGAAGAAGGGUAAGAGGUGA